UGCUCGUCUCAGUGUAGCCAUUACAACAGACAGUACAAGACUGUACACAAGACAGCAUUCAUGUUUUGUUUUGUUUUUUUCCCAGGUUACGGUGCUUUAUCUGUAUGUACAUUGUGGGUUUGUAAAUGCUUACAGAUAACACUGAGACCUACAUUGGAGUAAUCUUUACAUUAGUAAUGCAACAGGAACCUUUAAUGCAGCAGUGUUUCAUGUGGAGGAAUUUACCAGGAGUUCCUUACAAAUUCCUAAUAAGGGAAGACAUUUUUACUUUCGUUUUCACUUCCUAAAUCGUACGGAUAAGCUGUUUUUCUGAUCGUGUUCAGUGCUCAUUUAACUCGGACACACCACAGACAGGGUGAUUCCCCUACGAUGACCAGAGCUUGGGUUUUUUGCUACGUGCUUCUGACUGUCUUGGGUCCGAGCAAAUCUGAAACUAGGACCUAUUACAUCGGCAUCAGAGAGGAAUACUGGAAUUAUGCUCCCAGCGAAAGAAAUCUAAUCACAGGCCAUGCCAUUAUGAACGAUGAGCAUGCCAAAAAAUAUCUGUUCAAUUGUUCAAAGCAGACCGGUAUUGUGUACAAAAAAGCUGUGUAUAAACAGUACACAGAUAAUACUUUCACCUCUGAGAAGCCUAAAUCGCAAUGGCUAGGGUUCCUCGGACCCGUGAUCCGUGCGGAGGUAGGCGAUGAUAUUGUAGUGCAUCUGAAGAACUUUGCAUCUCGACCUUAUUCAAUACAUCCACAUGGAGUCUUUUACAAAAAGGCCUCUGAAGGUGCGUGGUAUCCGGAUGGUACGUCUGGAAAGAAUAAGAGUGAUGACGCAGUGGCUCCAGGACAAACCUACACAUACACAUGGAAGGUGACAGAAGAUUUUGCUCCUACAGAGUCCGACUCAACCUGUCUUACAUCGAUGUAUCACUCUCAUGUAAAUUCACCGAAAGAUAUAGCAGCAGGACUCAUUGGAGUGCUGCUCAUCUGCAAGAAGGGAGCUCUGAACCAAUCGGCCCCGUCUCAUGAGUUUUUCUUGAUGUUCAGUGCAGUGGAUGAAAAUCUUAGUUGGUAUCUUAAAGAUAAUAUUAAAGAGUACUGCCCUGAAGCUGAAAAUAUGACAGGGGAUGAAGACUUUCACACUUCAAACCGGGUGCACUCAAUAAAUGGUUUUGCUUUUGGCAAUUUGCCAGAACUGGAAGUGUGUCUCAACAAACCAGUGUUUUGGCAUCUUUUUGGUAUUGGAAAUGACAUAGAGCUUCACUCCGUCCACUUCUAUGGCCAUACCCUGCUUAACCAAGGUCAUCGUACUGAUGUGCUCAAUAUAUUUCCUGCCACUUCUUUCACUGCAAAAAUGGUUCCCAUGACAAACGGGAAGUGGCUGUUCGGGUGCCAAGUUGGUAAUGACAAGCAUGCGGGUAUGCAGGGUCUUUUCGAGGUCUCUUCAUGUGGAAGUGAUCCUGCACCCACUCUGCAACCUGGUCAUGUCAGGCGUUACUUCAUCGCAGCAGAGGAGAUCCUUUGGAAUUAUGCCCCCUCAGGGAAAAAUCUACUGACUGGUACACAACUAGAUGAAGACAGUGACUCUAAAGAAUUUUUUAGUACUGAUGAUGGAAAGCUUGGAGGAAAGUACUGGAAGGUCAGAUACACUGGGUACCGUGAUGACACAUUCACUUCCAGGAUCAAUCAAAGUGGUUCCGAAGAUCACCUAGGCAUUCUGGGUCCUGCGAUCUGGGGAGAAGCUGGUGAUGUCAUUGAGGUGACAUUUCUAAAUAAAGCGAGUCGUAACUUCGGCAUACAACCUCAUGGCGUGUCGUAUGACAAAAGUUACGAAGGAGUGAUAUAUCAGGAUGGUUUUCAGAAAGCAGGGGCCAGUGUGGCACCAGGUCAGAAAUUUAAAUAUCAAUGGCGGGUGACAGAAGGCCCCUCGGACAGUGACCCACCCUGCCUGUCGUAUUUGUAUUACUCCGCUACAAAUCCGGUCCGUGACACCAACUCUGGUUUGGUGGGACCUUUAAAGGUGUGCAAGAAAGGAGCUCUGGAUGAGAGUGGACGACAGGAUAUAGGUUCAGAGGUGCUAAAAGAGUUUUUCCUUCUCUUCACUGUGAUGGAUGAGAAUAAAAGCUGGUAUCUGCAAAAGAAUAUUGACACAUUUGGUAGUGAUGAGUCAAUGACUCAUGACGCUCUGUUUCAGGAGAGCAAUAAAAUGCACUCGGUGAAUGGCUUCAUGUAUGGAAACCUUCCUGAUCUUUAUUUGUGUCAUGGCGACCAUGUUGUGUGGCACUUGUUGGGCCAGGGCUCAGUGGAUCUCUUUGCCAUUUACUUCCAGGGCAACACGUUUAAGCUGGAUAACACUACACAUGACACACUCAGUCUCUUCCCUCACUCCAGUGUCACCAUCUCCAUGAUACCUGACAAUGAUGGACUUUUUGAGCUGAACUGUCUUAUACCUCAUCACUACCAAGGUGGUAUGCGGCAGUUCUACGACGUCAAACUCUGCACACCGAGUCAGAUCCCUGGCUCAGAGACUACAACCUUUAAGCCUGACGUGUAUUUCUAUAUAGCUGCUGAAGAAGUGGACUGGAAUUAUGCCCCAACCCGGACAUGGGAGUUGGAAAAAUUUAACACGACUCUCAGCAAAAGCCCUGGAAGUCUCUACCUAAAUAAAUCUGAGAAUUUGAUUGGGCCUAUAUACAAAAAGGUGGUGUACCGCAAGUACACAGAUGAGACCUUCACAAAACAGGAAGACAGGGGUUCUAAUGAAGAGCAUUUAGGCAUUCUGGGUCCCAUUCUCAGGGUUGAAGUCGGUGAGAAGGUCCAGAUUGUGUUCAAGAACAAAGCCAGUAGAAUGUAUUCACUUCACGCUCAAGGUGUGAAGAGCAGUAAGGCUCAGCCUGUUACUCCAGGUAACAUAGCAAGGUAUAACUGGAUUAUCACUUCCGGUCCUGGACCCACUGAGUCAAACUGCACAAUCUAUCCUUAUUACUCAUCAGUGAACUUUCUGAAGGAUUUGGCGAGCGGCUUGGUCGGGCCAUUAGUAGUGUGUCGUAAGGGGACUCUGAACAGUAAAAGACAGCGAAAAGAUGUGAAAAAAGAAUUUGCUCUGCUCUUCAUGAUGUUUGAUGAGAACGAAUCGUGGUAUCUGGACGAGAAUAUAGACACUUACAUGGACAAAAAAUUUAACGACACAACUGAAGGCAGGUUUAUGGAGAGUAACCAGAUGCAUGGUAUUAAUGGAAGGCUGUAUGCUAACCUGCAUGGCUUAAAGAUGCACCAGGGUGAUUGGACCGAGUGGUAUUUAAUGGGACUGGGGAGUGAGGAAGAUGUGCACACAGUACACUUUCAUCAUCAGAGCUUCAUAUACAAGACGGAUUACUCUCAUAGAGCUGACGUGUACGCCUUGUUCCCUGGAACCUUUAAAACUGUUCAACUACGGGCAGAAACUCCAGGAACGUGGCUUCUCCACUGCCACGUGUCGGACCACAUCGACUCUGGCAUGGAGACGACCUUCACCAUCGAAGCUCGAGCUCAAUCUUCCAAAGCCUGGAAUAAUGGCAUCGUGUUUCUGCAGUGGUUCUGCAGUGGUUUAGCCAUUCUGCUCACCUACUGGCUUCAAUAACUCAGCAGAGAUGAUGGAUUGUUUUCACUUCACUACUCAUUGGGAAGUCCUAUUUAUUAAGUGUGGAAGCUGUGGGGUUAAAGUAACACUGCAUUUUUAUGUUAGGCUUUUUUUUUUUUUACUGUAUAGCUGAGACUAGUUCUGUACGAUAUUAUGUACUGUAGAAAUAGUGUUUAAGUGAUUAGUGAAUUAUGCACUGACUGAAACAUGAACAAUGUAAGUACUGUAUUGGAAUGUUUCACACUUGGCUGCCUGGGCCUUCAUGUGCCUUUCUCAAAUUUUCAACAGGUUUCAAAAAUAUUUCCCGAAUCUCUACAAUCACACUACUCAUAUUUUUCCCAUUAAGUUCAUGCAAUUUAUAUCCAUUAUUUGCUCUUCCAGAUCUAGUUUUUUUCCCCAAUAUUUAUCCCUAUAUUUGUAUACACUAUAUUGUUAAGUUUUGGAACACUCCUCCAAAUCAUUGAAUUCGGAUGUUCCAAUCACUUCCAUGGCCACAGGUGUUUAAAAUCAAGUAGAUAGGCAUGCAGACUGCUUCUAUGUAGCAAACCUUCAGCAUACCAAGAGAUUUUGGACAAUUCCAUGCUACCAACUUUGUGGGAACAGUUUGGGGAUGACCGCUUCCUGCUCCAUCAUGACUGCACACAAGUGCACAAAGCAAGGUCCAUAAAGACAUGGAUGAGCGAGUUUGGUUUGGAGGAACUUGACUGGCCUGCACAUAGUCCUGACCACAACCUGAUAGAACACCUUUGGGAUGAAUUAGAUCUGAGACUGCGAGGCAGGUCUUCUCUUCCAACACCAGUGCCUGACCUCACAACUGCACUUCUAGAGAGGAAUGGUCAAAAAUACCCAUAAACACACUCCUAAACCUUGUGGAAAGUCUUCCCAGAAGAGCUGAAGCUUUUAUAGGUGCAAAGGGCGGGCCAACUCCAUAUUAAACUCUAUGGAUUAAGAAUAAGAUUUCAUUAAAGUUCAUGUGCAUGUAAAGGCAGAUGUCCCAAAACUUUUGGCAAUAUAUUGUACUAAACAAGUCACAAAGAAGCAGUUCAGCAUAACCGGUCCACCUGUGGUGAUGUUUUUGGAGGUUGAACAAAAAAUGGAAAACAAAGCACAAGCAAGAACAUCUUAUAAUCUAAAAUAUUUUCGAGGGUAAUUUAUCAUUUUUCAUAUGCUUUUGAUUUAUUGCAAGUCAGGGAUUUUUUUUCAAAGUUAUUUAAAUCAUCAAGUGCUGUGUUUGAGUAAAUUUAAUUUCUUUGUCAAUAUUAUAAAUGGCAGUCCUGUCCCAUUAUUUAAGGGUUCAGGGUUAUAGGGUUGGACCUGGUUUUAUUCUCAAAAGGGAAUCUGAGCAUGGGUGGGGUUUUGUUUCAGAUCACAGAAAAUUGAAUUUACUUCAUCUUUCUUUCAAACAUGUUAUUUUCAAAAAGCAGACUGGACAAUAUUUUUUUCUCUCUAGGCUUCAACCUGCAAUCAUCCCUAAUCAUGAUUGUAUCACCCCCCCUAUAGGGCAAUGGGAUGUAAAUAAUUCUGCACAGAGCUCAGAGACACAAAAUAUAGAGCUCAUUGAACAUGGACAGAUUUAAACUUGCUGCAGCAUAUUCCUGUUUAUACCAUGAUUUUCUUUUAUUAAUUAAUGAACUUUUUACCAUUCAUAGUUACAUUCAACACUACAGGACAGAUUAACAGGAGUCAUCCUUCACUCGCCUCUUCCUUGAAGUCAAUAAGAGAAACCAGAAAGCACAAAGUCCUCAGUCGUGUGUAGAAAAUGUAACUAGAAAUGGUUAAAUAUAUUACAUGUGCUUCAUACACCGAUCAGGCAUAACAUUAUGAGCAGGUGAAGUGAAUAACACUGACGAUCUCCUCAUCAUGUCACCUGUUAGUGGGUGGGAUAUAUUAGGCAGCAAGUGAACAUUUUGUCCUCAAAGUUGAUGUGUUAGAAGCAGGAAAAAUGGACAAGCGUAAGGAUUUGAGCGAGUUUGACGAAGGACCAUAUUGUGAUGGGUAAUCGACUGGAUCAGAGCAUCUCCAAAACUGCAGCUCUUGUGGGGUGUUCCCAGUCUGCAGUGGUCAGUAUCUAUCAAAAAUAUCAUUUAAGUCCUGUAAUUAAUCUUACAGGACUUAAAGGAUCUGCUGCAUAACAUCUUGGUGCCAGAUACCACAGCACACCUUCACGGAACUAGUGGAGUCCAUACAUAGAUGAGGGACCUAGGCAAUAUUAGGCAGGUGGUCAUAAUGUUAUGCCUGAUCAGUGUCUAUCUAAACAGCAAUGUUGAUACUAGAUUAGACUCAUCUGUCUUGCCAGUGGUACAGUUAAGAGACUGAGGGAUGGUUUUCUAGACGUGUGUGUGUUAAACAUCUUAAACUCUUGAUUAUUGUCCACUCCUGUCUGUAGUAUUAUGCUGAAUAAUCUUUAUAUGGCCAGUGCUUUAAUCUCUUCCUCUUCAGAGAAACUCUUCUGUUAGUCAGUGUAAAUUAAUGUAAAUGUAUUUGAAGAAACAUUAAUUUAUUUUCCAUGACCAUGACAUUGAAGGGACAAUAAAGUAUGCUUUCUGUA